AUGGGAAAGACGAGACUUUCUAAUUUUGUGGAAAUUUACAGUCUUGGAAACCCUCAGGGAGAGCAUAUCGAUUACUGUGGCUAUUCUGUGCUUCCUAUGGCUGUAGAACAAGAUAUGCUAAUAGCCGUGGAACCUGUGCAAACACCCACUCUACAGCUGGCCAAUACAAACCCUAUCUACCUGGACUUCAGUGCCUGUGCUAAUGACAUUCAGAUCGACCAAACAAAGCCUCUGUGGCACAACUAUUUCCUAUGUGGGUUUAAAGGAAUUCAGGAACACUUUGGUCUUAGUAACCUGACUGGAAUGAAUUGCCUGGUCGACGGGAACAUCCCACCAAAUUCUGGCCUCUCCAGCUCCAGUGCUCUCGUCUGCUGUGCUGGCUUGGUAACACUCACCGCACUGGGCCUGAGCCUAUCAAAGGUGGAGCUUGCUAAAAUCUGUGCCAAGAGUGAGCGUUAUAUUGGCACUCAAGGAGGAGGCAUGGACCAAUCCAUAUCAUUUCUUGCAGAAGAAGGAACUCUUCUGGCAAAGCAGAAAAACCUGCGAUGGGGUACAAUCCUGCGGCUGGAGGAAGUCCAAGCCCAGCUAGGGGUCAGCCUGGAAGAAAUGUUGCUGAUCGUGGAGGAUACCCUUCACCCUGCAGCCUACAGCCCCGAGGAGAUCUGUAGGUGUCUGGGGAUGAGUCUGGAGGAGCUCCGGACCCAGAUUCUGAGUCCAAACACUCAAGAUGUUCUGAGCUUCAAACUCUAUCAGCGAGCAAAGCAUGUUUACAGUGAGGCAGCGCGAGUGCUCCAGUUCAAGAAGAUCUGUGAAGAAGCCCCUGCAAACAUAGUCCAGCUGCUGGGGGAGUUAAUGAACCAAAGCCACGUGAGCUGCCGGGACAUGUACGAGUGCAGCUGCCCUGAGCUGGACCAGCUGGUGGACAUCUGUCGGAAAUUUGGGGCUCAAGGAUCCCGACUUACUGGAGCAGGAUGGGGCGGCUGCACAGUGUCGUUAGUACCUGCCGAGAAGCUCUCCAGCUUCCUAGCCAAUGUGCAGGAAGCGUACUACCAGCGGAUUGAUGGAAGCUCAGCACCGGAAAAGCAGAGUUUGUUUGCCACGAAACCUGGAGGCGGGGCUUUGGUUUUCCUUGAGGCCUAAGCCAUGUAAAAAACAUCUCAAACUAUUUGGGGCGUUGAGGAGCUGGCAGGACUUGCUAUGCCACAGGAAUCUCACCCUCUUUCUUCUGUUUUGCAUCCUGAUGAACGGCUGCUGUUAUCAAGAUGUAUUUCCAAAGAAAUGGUUGAAAGUUCUCUAUGCUUCCUAAUCUUUCCCUAUUUUUCUACCAAUAAGAGCCAAGAUUGCUGUUUGACAGAUCCUUUAAAGGAUGGUUUACUGAGGUUUAUUGAUUUCAAGAUUUUUAGAGAUGAAUGUAAAAUACAUACUGAAUAUUGACCCCUCCCCAUGGAUUGUAUUUGAAUUAAACAUACUGCUACAAUGAAAUGGAUUAAAUGGAA